AUGCAAGCUGCCUGGACACAACUAUUCCCACCCAAGCCUACUUUCACAGAAGAGAAUGUGCCUUCACUAGAAGGCAGGGUCUUUAUGGUGACGGGUGGAACUAAUGGCGUCGGCCUAGAGCUAAUUAAUAUGCUCUACUCCAAAGGGGGCACAGUUUAUCUCCCGGCCCGGUCCUCCACCAAAGCACAAAAGACUAUCGAGACCAUCAAAGCCGCACACCCAAAAAGUAUCGGUGAUCUCAAGACUCUUCACAUUGAUCUCAAUGAUCUUACUUCCGUGGCAGCCUGUGCCUCUGCAUUCCUGGCUCAGGAGACUCGUCUGGACGUAUUAUGGAAUAACGCGGGUAUCAGCGCCGCACCGUCUGACGAAGUUACAGCCCAAGGAUACGAGCCUCACAUGGGGAUAAACUGCUUGGCGCCAUUCCUCCUCACCAAGCUCCUGCUCCCCGUUCUAAAACGGACGGCCAGCAGUAACCCUGGCCCCUCGACACGAGUCAUUUUCACAGGUUCAGGUGUGAUGGACAUGAUGGCCCCGUCUGGAGGUAUUCCGAUGGCUGAGCUUACUCCUGGCAAUCAAUCGAAAGACCCAACCCGAAACUACACCAUUUCAAAAACAGCGAAUUGGUUCCUUGCCUCCGAAUUCGACCGACGUGUGCGCUCAGAUGGAGUUCUCUGCAUUUGCCAGAACCCAGGCAACCUGUCGACUAAUAUCUGGGACCGUGUGCCGUGGCAUCUCAGAGUACCGAACAAAGUCUUCCUACACCCACCUAAGCGAGGAGCUUAUUCGGAACUCUGGGCUGGGGUUAGCACAGAGAUUAAGUUUGAGGACGGUGGUAGGUAUGGUAUUCCUUGGGGUCGAUGGCAUCCGAGUCCUAGGAAGGAUCUUGUCCAAAGCUUGAAGAGGAAAGAGGACGGUGGGACUGGAAUUGCGGCGGAUUUCUGGGAUUGGUGUGACCAACAGACCAAGAAGCAUGUUUGA